CAGCAUUAGGUUACGCAUUUUCCUCUUCCGGUCUUGAGACGCCUGUAAAACGUGUGUUGUGUUUAUUUUGGAAGCUUGCUAAUAAGAAUUUACUAAUAACAUGAAGAGCACAGCUUCUGGAUCUAAAAUCCAUGCCAAAAUAAAAGAUGCAGCAUCUAGAAAAGAGCUUAAGAAGAGAAAACAACAGAAAAAGAGGCGUUUGAUCAUCCGAAAUUUGUCAUUUGAGGCGACUACAAAAGAACUUGAAGAUAUAUUUUCAAAAUAUGGAAAAGUUGUGGAUGUGAAGAUUCCUGUAAAGAAAGAUGGACAAAUGAGAGGCUUUGCAUUUGUGCAAUUUGAGAAGACUCUUUCAACUUUGAAAGCUAUGAAAGAAAUGAACUUUAAGAAAAUUCAUGGUCGACCCAUUGCCGUUGAUUUUGCCCUGGACAAAACUAGUUAUCAGUUAAAAUUACAGAACCUGAAACAAGAGUGUGAUAAAUCUAAUGAUACCACUAUGAACAGCUCAACAGUUACUUCAGAAAAUGAUUCUUCUGAGAGUGACAGUGAUGAAAGUGAAUUGCUUGAAAUUCAAACUGAAGAAAAAGUAAAAGAUUUACAUGAGGAAGAAUCAGAAGAUGAAGACAAAGUGAAAAAGUUCUUGGAAGAAUUUGAUGCUGACAACAAAAUAGCUGAUGAGAGCUCAGAAGAUUUAUCUGAUGAUGGUAAAAGGAUGCUUUUAAAGCUUUUAGAUUAUUAUUAAAAAGUAAAUAUUUAA